GAGGUUGAAGAUGCGGAUGGUGACCUUGCUGAUGAAGAAGAAGGAUCAGCCCAGCAGCCCCAGGCCAGUGUCCUCUAUGAAGAUCUGCUCAUGUCGGAUGGGGAAGAUGAUGAUGAUGAUGGGAGUGACGAAGAGGGAGAUAAUCCUUUCUCAUCGAUCCAGCUGAGCGAGAGCGGCAGCGACUCGGACGUGGAGCCCAAUGCGGUGAGACCUAAACAACCUCAUGUUCUGCAAGAGAACACCCGGCUGGGCAUGGACAACGAAGAGAGCAUGAUGUCUUACGAAGGAGACGGCGGGGAGACGUCUCACGUUAUGGAGGACAGCAAUAUCAGUUACGGCAGCUAUGAAGAGCCAGACCCAAAAUCCAACACCAGAGAUACCAGUUUCAGCAGCAUUGGAGGGUACGAGAUCUCAGAAGAGGAGGAAGAGGAGGAACAGCAGCGCUGUGGGCCAAGCGUGUUAAGUCAGGUCCACCUGUCUGAGGAUGAGGAGGACAGUGAGGACUUUCACUCCAUCGCAGGAGACAGCGACCUGGACUCGGAUGAAUAA